AUGCUGCGCGCUCGAGAGUACAACAUCGCGGCUAUACAGGAGCCGUUACAGAAAGCUGUCAUCCCUAAAACAGCCAGGGAUAUUGCGAUACUCCGACGGAACGCUCAAAAACGCCUGAAUGUCCUUCUGAAAGAUCUAGAACAGACUGCUGAUGAUCUUGGCUGUAUACCUCGUACAAUCGGGCAAAUCAAGGAUAAUUUCAUUUUCUGUGUCGAUCACCAACACCGGUGGGUAAAUGUCCCGUACAGACGACUCGCAACAGCUUUUCUCUACAGUGCUGUCAAGGCAAAGGCUGGGGAACGCGGGUUGCUAAACGAAAUGGCAAUAUAUCUCUUUGCGUCAAUUGAAGGUCUCGAAGAUCUUCUCGCGCUCGUGGAGAAGGAGCUAAUCGACUUCAACGGUCGCAAAGCAAUCGCAAGCUUCAUGCCACUCUUCCCGACGAUCCGUCAUGAGUUCCGCGGCAAAGAAGAAAUCUUAACACACCUUGCACUUAAACUCUGGUGCACAAUACUGAAGCGUGUCAAGCGUCAAGGUUGGGGAGAAUCAUUUUGUAUUAUAGCUGUGUCCGGAAGAGGUCUGUAUACGCAGUGGGAAGAGGGAGUGAAGGAGCUAGGCCGUAAAGGUACUAGCGGGUAA